UAUUAUUAUUAAUCAUUAUGAUAUAAUGUUACCUAAUAAUUUCUUAUAAAAUGGUUAUCCUUCUAUCAAAUCCAACUUAUAAGCAGCUAACAAUGAAGACGCCAGUCUCGUAGCAUAGAUUAAGAUUUUGUAUUUUGUUAAAGUUAAAUGUAGGAUAAAAAAUUAAGUAUGAUCGGUUGGUCACGCAACCACUACAAUUUGGCUCGGACAACCACAAAAUAAAUGAACGAUGUUUCGGACCAGAAAGAUAAAAUCAGAUCUGAACAUUUCUUUGAAUUAAAGUUUUGAUCUGUGUUUUUGCCGCAAAAUAGCAUAUUUCAUGAUAUUUGUGAACAUAGCAAAUUCUCUUCAGUGUAAUUUUUCCAUUUAAAUUUACUUUAGUGUUGUUUUAAUAAGAUGUAAAACAUACGGGAAAAUGUGCAUGGGUUAGUAAUAUCCAUUAAUGAUUAGCUCUUUGGAUCAAUGUCUAAUGGCAUUAUUUUUGAUUUAAAAAACUACACUGUUAGAAAUUCCGAGCCAUGUUGCACCAAAAAUUAGUAUUCAUUUGCUGUAUACAUAAAAUGGAGCUCGAUUUUAUCAUAUUUUUUAUUUUCACUAGCUCCAAAUAUUAGUAGAAGGUUGCACCAAACGUAUUUUCAAUCUUCCUCUUUUUUUCCUUUUAUAAAAGCGAAAGAAGGUUGCACCAUUAUUGUAUAUUUUUGAAGUGCUCACAUACAGGCCAAGGUAGCUAUUUACCGUAAUAAAACUGUUUACCCUAAGUUAUUUGUAUGGCAUACCUCUAACCAUUCUAUACCGAAAACCAAAUUUGAAAAGUCAACAUAAUAGAAAUGAACUUUAAUAAUGUAAAUAAGCCAUUUACUUACCUAAAUAAGUAGAAACUUAAAACAACAUGCAUUAGUCACCCCGAUACACCGAGACCGAGUUGUAAAGAAAACAUGACGUCGUAAACAAAUAUCGUUCAGUUUACAGUCACCGUUGUGUCUUUUACCAAAUUUUGGUGCAGUCAGUUGUAUUUCUCGAUCAUACUUCACAAUUUAUGGUGCAACUGCAAUAAAACGAUCUUUUAUUUUGGAUAAUGAGAAGUUUUGCACCAAAUACUGGUAAAAGAUUUACCGAGUUUUUUUUUACAGUGUAUUUACAAUUAUACGAUUACUUAAAAGAAGGAAGAUUUAAACCGGCUAUUGUUCAGGGGUUUCGGUUUUUGUAAAGAGAUUUCAUAAAUGAUUCAAUUUUUCCGAAUAGUCAUAUAUCGAGAUUUAUUUUCAGGUGUCCCUAGUAUACGGAAAUUUCUCUUUCAAGAUAAUGUAGUGGAGGGUGAUUCAGUGACCGUCACUUGUUUCGCAGUGACAAAGACAAAACCAAUUACAUUCAACUGGUUAAAGAACGACAACACCAUCAGUGAAAGAAAACAAAACGUCAGGUAUGAAACUGGAAAUGAAAUUUCUAAUUUGAUAUUGGAUCCUGUUAAACUUGAAGACAGCGGCAAUUACACGUGCUCAGCUACGAACUCCGAUGGUACUGACAACUACACAGCUUUUCUCAAUGUGAAAGCCAGUCCGAAAUGGAUUGAACAGCCGAAUGAUAUAUCUACAAUCGUGGGAUUGUCAGUUGAAGCACGAUGUUUGGCAACAGGAUCACCCCAUCCCACAAUAACAUGGAGAAAAUAUACAGAUAAAUCUCAACAUUCGAAAGAGAUCGUAAAUUCGACUUCCUUGAGGAUCCCCUCCGUGUCACACGAGGCUGGAGGAGUUUAUGAAUGUACAGCACAAAAUGGAAUUCUUCCAAAUUUAAAGGCAAAUUUCACACUCAGUGUUCGUGGUAUGAAAAUCAUCGAAAUCACGCAUAUUAUGAUUAAAUUAGAUUUCAACAUUUAUCUUAACAUUAACACUAAAUAUGAAACAAUAAUACAGUAUAGGAAAUUCACAGUAAUAUGAAAUUCAAGGUGGUUGCGCAAGCAGAUUUGAGAGGCAUGCGUUAUUUUACAGCAGUACAGUACUGCAAGGGGCAUUUUCAAGUCAAGUUCUAUAUGUUUUUGCUUUUUUAGAACUUUGAAAAUUAUCUUUGUCUCUCUACCUCUUUUUCUUUGAACAUUUAUUUCGUCUAGCACUCAGAUCGAUUACCGUCAAUUUAAAUAAUACUAAAUUUUAGAUAAUCUGAAAUUAUAAUCCGAAAUAAUAAAUUACUUUAUCCAGAAUAACGAAUUUUAUAAUUUGAAUUUUUAAGAAAUCUGUCGAAGUUCUGACAAGGAUUUUAACGACAGUACUCUGCCACGUGAUAUUCUCUCAACAAAAGUGUGUUGGGAACAUCGGAAUAAAAUAAUUUACCUAAAAUCCCAGAUGGCGGAAAGAAGGUUUUUAAUGACACUACUGUGUCGUGUGAUACUCUCCUAACAAAAGUGUGUUCGAAACAUAAGGGAAUAAAAUAAUUUACCUAAGAUCCAAGAUGCCGGAAAGAAGGGUUUUAACGACACUACUCUGUCACGUGAUACUCUCCCAACAAAAGUGUGUUUGGGAACAUAGGAAUAAAAUAAUUUACCUAAAAUUCAAGAUGGCGGAAAUUUCUAAAAGUGGCUCUUCAACUAAAAUAAGCAGUAGUAAAUUUGUAUUUUUUAUCUAUGCUUUUUUGUGCUCUCAAACUGGUACACGAAUAUAUCAAGCAAAUGUGAGUUUUGCACGAAAAUUAAUACAAUGUUGCAGGAAAUGGCAUCGCUUUCGGCAUUAUUCGCUUCAUUUAAGUUUAGAUGUCGCAUUCUUGUUUUAUCUAUGGAAACAAAAGUAACACUAAUGAUUUUACGUGUUCUCAGUAUUUUUAAUAAUUACUAAUGGCAGGACGACUUCGCGUUUUACGCACACUACCUUUUAUUUCCUAAUCCCCAGUCAAGUGCACACAAAAGUUAACUUCAAUUUCAGGCUCUUUCGUUUCUGAUAUUGUAUUGCCAUUUUCGCUCGUGCAAAAAUAUUACUGUAUUUUUUGUAAUUUAUGAAUAUAAGGUAUUAUAGAUUAGUUUUAUGAAUGAAUGACGUCGUAUUAGUCGUGAAAAAUUAGUUUCAUUGAAAGUUAGAAAACUCAAAUGCAUGUCUCAAAGAUGCUAAAUUACAUGAACACUUUUUAUGGUUAUUUUUUCAUUGCCAUAUAUGUUAUAAAGUUUCAGGGGGUUUGUGUUAAUAUAUUUUUACACUUUUGAAUUUCUUUUCUCAAAUUUAGGUAAUAAAAUUUCCAUAACCAUUAUAUGUAUUAAAUUGAUAAAAGGUGAUGUACUACUUUUUUUUCGGGAAAGUAAUAUUUUCGUUCCAUAGAAUAUGUAUUAGUGAUGUAUUGUUUCGUGCAAAUCUUAUGUAUUCUGAAUGGCUUCGUAUUUAUGCAAUCAACUUUUCAU